UCUCUCCUCCGCCGCAGGGUCCCGACGCGGUCCCGGCCUCCCCCUUUCACACGUCUGGGUGCAUCGGAUCCAAUUGUCCGGAGCCUCCCGCUGAGGGGAGAUCCGUUAGGGAUGUCCGGGGAGGCGCCUCCUCCGCGCACCGGGAGCCUGCAGGCAGACCCAGACCCCCCAAGGACCUGCCCCACCCAAGCCAUCCGUCUUGCCCCCCGCGAUAGCCUCCCUGGGAGAUCCGCAGCGGGGGGACCCCUCAACCGGCGGAGGGGGCGGAGGAGAAGAGGCGAGCAGGGCAGGCGCGUCCGCAGAACUGCAGCCCUCAUCCCACGGCCUCCCCUGCUCCGGGCAGUCAGGUGGGGAGUCUGCAGAAGCCGUGCCGGGGUGUAGCGCGGCCGUGAGGCUGCUCCUACUUUCUCAGGGGAAACAGACUUCAAAGCGAGGAUUCCUUUCAAUGCAAAGAGGCUCCUGGUGGGCUGAGCCCAGGGUAGGGAAAGUGAACAGCUUCUUUUCAAAUGAGCAGAGAGGCCUUGUCCUGGUGUUUUUCUCAAGUCUCUCAGAGGCCUUCUGUUCACAUGUAUGUCUUGCUGAUCUGCGGUUUGAGACUUGAUAAGAUGCAUUUCUUCUCAUCAUGGAUCAAAGCUAUUUUUAUCAUUGCCCUGGAAUUUCCUCUUUAUUCAGAAACGGCUUUUGUACCUGCAGUAGACAUUCGUGAAUUGCCAGACAGUAGUGUAUAUGCAGACCAACCACAUUUUUAUACAAGGGAAAUGGAUCCAGUCUGUCGAACCAAUGGCCAAACUUAUUCUAAUAGAUGCGUUUUCUGUAGUGAAAAAUUGUAAGAACACAAGAGUUAUAUUGGCUCUUCCAAACUAAUGAAGAAACCAUCACAAAAUGAUAGAAGACUCCAUGUUUCUGAUAGCUUAGGCACAGUACAUAUGGAAGAAAUUGCACUCUCUGUAAAAGCCACAGAAACACACUUGUAUCUUUUCCUGAAGUUCUCAUUUCUAAAAGUUGUUUUAUAUUUGUUCUUUCUAAUAUAACUCUGUGGGACAUUACACAAAUGUAGAAAUCAAUUAAUUUAAAUUUUUAAUCACUAUGACUUACUAAUGGCAGUCUGAUGAUCAAUAUAAUGUAAUUCCAAAGUCCAGAUGAUAAAUGAUAAUCUCCGUUAUGUAGCUUCAGGCUACAGGGAGCAUAUCUGGGCAAGAAACCCUACUGACUACAGAACUCUGAAGUCCAAUACAACAGGCCUGCUUAUCUCAGGAAGAGACUCCUCUGAUGGUCCACUUGGUCUCCUGAACUUUGUAAUAGACUGCAGACCUUCCUUAGAGAGUAGGGUAUUCUAGGACACUUCCCUCCAACCUGUAUCCUUCACUUGGAAGGAGUCUGUAAUCUAAAAGUCUGGUCAGUCUCUCUGCCUCCCCAUUUCCUCUUACAGGUGCUUCCUCUCAUUGAUCCCAGAAUUCUUUUCUGCUUCUAGAGAACCACUAAGACAAUCUGUAAGCCUCUCCUCUCUCAGGGAUGGGCAGGUCUCAAGACUGAAUCAGGCCUGAGUAUGUAGGGGAGUCAAGCAGCCAUAGGCUGAGGGGCGACAUGUGUAGAGAUGGGGACGGGCAGAGCCCAGCUGUUCGUGAAGUGGGACACGGCACCUGCACGCUGCCCCACAGUCUAAUCCUCCUCACUGGGGUGUAUGCAGCGCAAUAUCCAGGUAAUUUUAAAUAUUCUUUCAAUAAUUUAUUUUUCUUUCUCUUUUUCUUUCUUUAUAGAGAAAAUGGUGGAAUAUUUGAAUUUAGUCACUGUGGUGCAUGCUGAUUCUGCCUAAACUACACAUUCCUAUGGCUUUUAUUGCAAUCCUAUUUCGUGAUGGAUUCUACAACCAAUUAAGGUGUUGAAUUCCUAGAUGACCAAGCAAAGCCUUCUGUGAUACACAAGAUGGAACACAGAAUGAUGAAGAAUUUAUCCACCUCUAAGAACCUGUGAUUGAAAGAUUCUUAUUCUCUAUGUCCAAUUAUUCAAUUACAGUUCAAAAACUUGUGUUUGAUAACAUAAAAUGUAAAGCAGUUUAAAAUCAUAAAUAUUUCAAUCAAUAAAAUGUUAAAUAUUAUCUUUACUAAAAUACCCUUUCUUUGGUUGACUAGUGAGUUAAAACACAUGAAUAUUUUUGGCAACUAUAAUUAAGGAAACAUUUUCAAAGGUGAACAAAUAAUACAUUACUUGUAUGUUUCCUAAAAAUACAGACACCUGGGCUUCUCUUUAUCCUGAAGAAUCAAAACCUCCAGAAAAGGGAUCUGGAAACUUGAAUCCUAACAUGUACUCCAGGUUAAUCUAAUUAUCACAAAUGUUACACAAUAUGGUCUUAAAUUCUAAAACAUAGGUCAUAUCUGUAAUUGAGUGAAUUGCAGAGCUACUUAAAGAUUUCCGAGGUUAGGGAGAAAAAAUUAUAUUAUUUUUCUUCCAUCUCACAAAUCAAUCAAGAGACAGUUUGGUGAGCCUAUUCAUUUAGGGUCCCAAGCUGAUGCUUCUCCAUUUCUCUCCAUCCAUCAAUCAAGACGAAGCAGUCUUGACUUCUCUAAGAUGCCCUUUUAAAGCUUGAUUUUAGUGGCAGACAUGUAGAUUGACUACUAAAAGACAAGUAUCAAUUUGCUAUGAUAUCGGGCCUGCUCUAUAAAUUUUUAGUAAAUAUUUUCACCUCUAAAAGUGUUCUACGAGGAGGUUACUUACUCAUUUACAUCCAUAGAAUUAAUUCUUAAUGAAAGUAUACAUGAGGUUGUACAUUUUUAGAGUCACAUUAUAAAAAUGUAUUCAGUCAUUUUCAUGGCCUUUUUCAUCAUAGAAGACAGGUAUAAAAAACAUUAUUCAUCCAAGUUUAUGAAUGCUGUUAAAUCAUACAUAUAUUCUUUUUACUUUUACUCAACAUAGUAUUUUUUUUUUAAACUACUAUAAAUUAAGCCCUGUACAAUGAUAGGAAAAAGUUGGUUAGGAAAAGCAGAUUCUAUAAUCGUUUUCUAGAAAUGUUCAGUAUACUGAUAGAAAUUAGUAUCCAUUAGUGAAGGGAAUUCUGCCUUAUUCUAUGACUAUUUUUCACAGAAGCUUUGUGUCAGCUUCUCACAUCCCACAUGUCAUGCAAGUUAGUUCUUAAAAGAACCUUGUUGGAUAAACAACAGCUCCAUAUUUUAGCCAUAAACAAAGUAAGUGAGACAGGAAAUUGAACAAUAUUUAAAUCUGACAUUUAGAAAGUAAAAUACAGUAUUUCUGUUGACAUAAAAGUUGCCAUUUUAAAGCAUGUGAUUACCAAUUUUUUAGUAUGUAUUUAUUCACAAUGUUGUACACCCAUCACCACUAUCUUAUUAUAGAACAUAAUCAUCACCUCCCCCUUUCCAAAAAAUAAUAACAAAAAAACAACCACGUAUUUCCUAAUUCCCUGCCUAUCAAUCACUGGCCACCAUUAAACUACUUGUCUCUCUGGACUCACCAUUCUGUACAUUUCAUAUAAAUAGAAUCAUCAAGACUGUGAAUACUUUUCAUAAGAAUGGAUAUCUAUCUAUCUAUUGCAUGUGGUCUUUAGUGAAUGACUUCUUUCACUUAGCACAAUGUUUUCAAGGCUUACUGCUGUUGUAACAUGGAUCAGUACUUCUUAUGACUGAAUAAUAUUCCAUCAUAUGGAUAUACCACAUUUUGUUUUUCCAUUCAUCAGCUUAUAGAUGUUUGGACUGUAUCUGCUUAUUGGCUGUUAUGAAUAAUGCAACUAUGAA